AUUGAGUCCGAGGUCCGUCGCCGUCAACCAUCCCCUGUAGUGGCGUCGUCCUCCACUGCACGACAUGACAGUUUGUGGCUUGGGGUUCAACUCAGUGAUGGAAUGCGACUUCGGGCGGUAUCUCCCCUUCCAGGUUCGCCCCAUACGAAGGCUACCUUAGGAAUGCUGUGCUUUGGUCUUGUUUCUGCGCAGCAGCAUUCUCAAGCUUUUUCCAGUCAUCGACUCGGCUACCAUGACAUCAAGCGCACCGGUGUAGUCUCAACUACGGCAUUUCUUUGCCUGGCAGCCUGGGGGGUAGUAGGAUGGGGUGCGUAUGGUUAGGUACGGAAGCACAUCCAGAUCAACUACCUAGUGCCUAUGGAGGAUGAACUCUAGCUAUGGUUCCAGAUGAUCCCCCCAUCAGACCU